AUGUCGAAAGAUCCUAAAAUUGAAACUUCUGAAUUGGAAACACUACCUGAAAUUAAGGGCAAGAGAGAGAGAAAAAAGGCUGAACAGGCUUUUCAAACGUUAAUUAAUCAAGCCCGGCAAGCUAUGCAAAUUAGCGAUAGUUCUACUCUCAAUGAAUUAUUGCCACAAAUCUAUAGUUAUCAGGCGAAAUAUUUAAGCUUUCUUCGAACAUCGGUAAUUUCUUAUCUGAACAAUCUUUUGCAGCAAGAUCCAGAAGUAAUGAUAACUGAGUUGAAAAUAAAUAAUCAUAACUUCCGGCAAGUUCUUAUGGAACUUAGUGACUCAAAUGAAAUAAGCAAUCUCAAAGAACAAGUAGGUGAUAAUAUUUUUGAGGUAAGAAGUAAAAAAAAAUUUGACCAACUUUUAACUCGUGCUAAAAAUGCUCAGAGUGAGGAAGAAAAAGCCUCAGUUAUUCGGGAAAUUUAUGUAUGA